AUGGCUAUUGCUCAAACCCAAAUCGCAGCUGUUCUCCCGCCUUCUGGGGCAACUGCCACUUCCAAAUUACAAAUUGUACAUGACCGUCCGAUUCCCUCACCCGCUGAGGGAGAGGUCCUAGUCAAGCUCGAGUACUCCGGAGUAUGCCACUCGGAUGUUCACAGCGUGCGCGGGGAAACCCCCAUGUUGACAGAUGUGGCGGGUCAUGAGGGAGUGGGAAAGAUAGUGAAAGUGGUCUUGACGAGCAAACGUGGAUGGGAAGAAGAGUUGGUAUACGGUUCAUGGCUGUAUAGCUCCUGUUUGGAGUGUGAGAUUUGCGCCAUCAAUAAUACGGCGUGUCCAUAUCAGAAGAAUGCCGGAGCGAAUGUUCCAGGGACGUUUCAACAAUACGUCGUCAGUCCUGCGAUUCAUGCAACUAUAAUCCCUCCUGAGCUAGCACCGGACGUAGCUGCACCACUCUUGUGCGCUGGCAUCGCAAUGUACUCCUCGAUUAUGAAGACCAAAACUCGACCCGGAGACUGGAUUGUCCUUCCUGGAGCAGGAGGAGGCUUAGGACAUAUGGGCGUUCAGAUCGCAGCUAAAAAGGGACUCAAAGUCAUUGCAAUUGACAGCGGCGAGAAGAAAAAGCAGCUUUGCCUCUCCCUAGGAGCCAACACCUUCCUAGACUACAAAACAGACGACGUAGAGCGUGAAGUGAAGGCUUUGACAUCGGGGUUAGGUGCCCAUGCUGUCAUCUGCACAGCCAAUAAUGAGCCAGCAUACACACAAAGUAUGAAAAUGCUUCGCAGCUUGGGUGUUUUGGUGUGCGUCGGUAUACCAAGUGUGCCGUUUAGAUUACCAGCAACGCCCUUUGAGAUGAUUGUGAAAGGACUUACAAUUGUUGGCAACUCUGCCGGGACCGCCAAGGAGAUGGAAGAGCUGAUGGAGAUGGCUGUAAGGGGCGAUGUGACAGCACAUAUUGAGUGCUUUGAGUUCGACUGCAUUGAUGAUGUCCUGCAGCGACUGGGACGAUCUGAGGUCGAGGGACGGGCAGUUGUGCGCAUUCCUGAGUAG